UCUGGGGAGGGGGCUGGCUGAGAGUGGUCAGGGCAGCUCCAGCCCUUUGUGGCCCCUCCCCCCCAUGGGGCCAUCCAGUCCCUUCCUUAGGGCUGCUCUUCCUGUGGCCUCUGACCCCCUCCUCCUUCUUAGGCCUCAUUGCCGGGUGCACCCAGUGCCCAGUGAGUCCCUUUCCCAAACCUCCAAGGAGAAGGGGCGAGGGAGGAGGGGAAGAACAGGGAACUGGAAAGGGUGGUGAGAAAUAAAGACACCAGACAGAGGGACAGACACACACACACACACACACACAGAGGCCAACAGACAGAGACUGAGAGACAGAAACACAGAGAGAGAGAAACAGAGAUAGACAGACGGAAAUAAAGACAGAGUAGGAAACAGACUAACUCACUGAGUCAGAGAUACAAAGAGAGAGAGAGAGAGAGAGAGAGAGAGACAGAAAAGGAAAGAGAAAUAGACAGAAAAAUCAGGCAUCAAAGGGAUACAGGAAGAAAGACAGGCUGAGGGACCAAGAAAGGAGAGACAAGCCGGGACAGAGUAUGCCAGCUGGCAGAAUGGAGUGUCGCCUGGCGCGGCAGAUGUAGUGGCCCCAGCCCACUGAGCUGGGUGGGCAGAGAGAAGCCAGAGCCUCGGCCGGGGUGAGGGGGCAUGGGAGGGGCGGGCGUGCUGCUGCUGCUGCUGGCUGGAGCCGGCGUGGGGGUGGCCUGGAGACCACCAAAGGGAAAGUGUCCGCUGAGCUGCUCCUGCUCCAAGGACAGCGCCCUGUGUGAGGGCUCUCCCGACCUGCCCGAGAGCUUCUCCCCGACCCUGCUGUCGCUCUCGCUCGUUAGGACUGGAGUCACCCAGCUGAAGGCCGGCAGCUUCCUGAGGGUGCCCACACUGCACCUGCUCCUCUUCACAUCCAACUCCUUCUCUGUGAUUGAGGACGAUGCAUUUGCGGGCCUGUCCCACCUGCAGUACCUCUUCAUUGAGGACAAUGAGAUUGGCUCCAUCUCCAAGAACGCUCUCAGAGGACUCCGCUCACUCACACACCUGAGCCUGGCCAAUAAUCAUCUUGAGACCCUCCCCAGAUUCCUGUUCCGAGGCCUGGAGACCCUAACUCAUGUGGACCUGCGCGGGAACCCGUUCCAGUGCGACUGCCGCGUCCUCUGGCUGCUGCAGUGGAUGGCCACCGUGAAUGCCAGCGUGGGGACCGGGGCCUGUGCCGGCCCCGCUGCUCUGGCCCACAUGCAGCUCCGCCACCUCGACCCCAAGACGUUCAAGUGCAGAGCCAUAGAGCUGUCCUGGUUCCAGACGGUCGAAGAGUCGGCGCUGGGCGUGGAGACUUUCUCCUACCAGGGGGAGCCCCACAUCGUCCUGGCGCAGCCCUUCGCGGGCCGCUGCCUGAUUCUCACCUGGGACUACAGCCUGCAGCGCUUCCAGCCUGAGGAAGAGCUGUCGGCGCCGUCGGUGGUGUCCUGCAAGCCGCUGGUGCUGGGCCUGCGCCUCUUCGUGCUGGCCGCCCGCCUGUGGGGGGGCUCGCAGCUGUGGGCCCGGCCCAGCCCCGGCCUGCGCCUGGCCCCCACGCAGGCCCUGGCCCCGCGGCGGCUGCUGCGGCCCAAUGACGCCGAGCUCCUGUGGCUGGACGGGCAGCCCUGCUUCGUGGUGGCUGACGCCUCCAAGGCGGGCAGCACCACGCUGCUGUGCCAGGACGGGCCCGGCUUUUACCCUCGCCAGAGCCUGCACGCCUGGCACCGGGACACAGACGCCGAGGCCCUGGAGCUGGACGGCCGGCCCCACCUGCUGCUGGCCUCCGCCUCCCAGCGGCCCGUGCUCUUCCACUGGCUCGGGGGCCGCUUCGAGAGGCGCACAGACAUCCCCGAGGCCGAGGACGUCUACGCCACACGCCACUUCCAGGCUGGUGGGGAUGUGUUCCUGUGCCUGACACGCUACAUCGGGGACUCCAUGGUCAUGCGCUGGGACGGCUCCAUGUUCCGCCUGCUGCAGCAACUUCCCUCACGUGGCGCCCACGUCUUUCAGCCACUGCUCAUCGCCAGGGACCAGCUGGCCAUCCUGGGCAGCGACUUCGCCUUCAGCCAGGUCUUCCGCCUUGAGCCUGACAAGGGGCUCCUGGAGCCACUGCAGGAAUUGGGGCCCCCAGCCUUGGUGGCCCCUCGCGCCUUUGCUCACAUCACCAUGGCCGGCAGACGCUUCCUCUUCGCUGCUUGCUUCAAGGGUCCCACACAGAUCUACCAGCAUCACGAGUUAGACCUCAGUGCCUGAGACCCCAUGGGACCUUGGCCAUGGCUUGGAGGGAAAGGGGCAUUGGCCCAGGCCUCUGGACACCCACUUGACUGGUCUCCUGGCCCUACUCGGGCUGAUGGUACCUGUGAGGUACUGACCACAGGCCAAGUUCAAGGCAAGAGCUGUCCUUGCAGCCUUAAGCAACAUCUCGGCUGGGGACACAUGCCCUGACUAAGGAUGACUUGGGGGCUCGGGCUGGGCACUGCAAGGAGCCGGGAUACAGAAGUCAUGGUGGGGGUAACGUGCAGAGCUCCAUGAGGUCUGGAAGGGCCCCCAUCAACCCACUCCCACCCCUCCCGCUCCCUGUGAAACUCCUGAGGAAGAGAUAGCUUUUCUUUCCCUCUAAACUCAGUCCGGCCAAUCGCUUUUAGCGCCUGCCUCAUGACGUCAUCAGUCUCUGGGCCGGUUUCCCUGCCGGGCUUGCUAACUUCCUCUGCUACUUGUGCGCAUGCCUGCUGCCGGGGCGGAAGCCCAGCGUGUUGGCCCUCUUGCGCGUGCGCGGGAAAUAGGUGGGAAAGCAGUUGUCGCAGGGAGGCCCGGCUACCCGUCUCGGAUGAGGGGCAGGGGCGAGGACAGAAAGUGUAUGAGCUCAAUAAACGUGCUGUGCACCUGC